GAAUUUAGGCAGAGAAUAAAUGUAGGUAUGAAUUAUUAAACAAAAACCUGAUAUUGUAAUAUAUGGUAUUUGUAUACUACUAAAUCACAGCAUGUGAUUCUCUCUCUCAGUGGUCUUUAUUGCCUUUUCCGCUUUCUCUUUCCCUUCUCUGUCUCUUUCAUCUUUUUUAUCCUCCCGUCCACUCGAUGCUCAAACGCCCAUAGCAGAAACCCAGUUCCUGCAUCACCCACUUGAAUGAAUUAGGGUUUCUGAUAAUGCAGAGCUUGAAUCUCCAUUCUUGAACUGAUUUGGAGCUUUCCUUGUGGACUACAGCAAUGGGCAAGGGCGCGUUGGUUCUGGCUCUCUUUCUUUUGCUCUUCCUUGGAUGUGUCCCACCAGCUUCAGCUUCUUCUCCUGCAAAAAUUGUAAGUGGGUUUUUCUCAAAUGUUGUCUCUGUUCUUAUGAAGUGGUUAUGGUCGCUCAAAGCUACUACCAAAACAGCAAAUUCUGCCCGUUCGAUGAUGAAGUUCGAGAGUGGAUAUAGCGUCGAGACGGUGUUUGAUGGAAGUAAGCUUGGGAUUGAGCCGUAUUCGGUUGAAGUGUUGCCCAGUGGGGAGCUUCUGAUUCUGGACGCUGCUAACAGUAACAUUUACAAGAUCUCUGCCUCACUGUCUCUAUAUAGUAGACCAAAGCUGGUUGCUGGAUCCCCUGAAGGUUACUCCGGACAUAUAGAUGGGAAGGCUAGAGAAUCGAGGAUGAACCAUCCAAAAGGGCUUACUGCAGAUGACAAGGGAAAUAUAUACAUAGCAGACACUUUGAAUAUGGCAAUCAGGAAGAUAAGUGAUGCAGGGGUUACAACAAUUGCUGGAGGGAAAUGGGGCCGUGGAGGGGGGCAUGUAGAUGGACCAAGUGAAGAUGCCAAAUUUUCAAAUGAUUUUGAUGUGGUUUACAUUGGAAGCAGUUGCUCUCUUCUCGUCAUAGACAGAGGAAACCAGGCGAUUCGAGAAAUCCAACUCCAUUUUGAUGACUGUGCUUAUCAAUAUGAAAGUGGUUUCCCUCUUGGGGUUGCGGUGCUUAUUGCUGCUGGCUUCUUUGGUUACAUGUUGGCAUUGCUGCAACGUAGAGUUGGUACAAUUGUGUCCUUGCAAGAUGAACAAAAAGUAGCAGAAUCAAGCAAUCCACCAAGUCAUUAUCAAAAGCCUCUGAAAUCAGUCAGGCCACCAUUAAUCCCAACAGAAGAUGAACUGGAGAAGCAAGAGGAAGGUUUCUUUGGAUCUCUUGGGAAACUCAUCAUCAACACAGGGGCGACUGUUGCAGAAAUCUUUGGUGCAAUAUUUCCAGGCUUUAGAAAGAAACCAUCAAGAUACCAAUAUCAAAGCCAGCGACAAUACCAGCAACCGCAAAAGCAGCCGAAUGCUUGGCCAGUGCAAGAGAGUUAUGUGGUACCAGAUGAAGAUGAGCCUCCCUCCAUUGAAACCAGGACUCCUACCCCACGGAAGACCUACCCAUUCAUGACAAAGGAUGCAGAAAAAAUGCAGCAACAUUUCCGACAAAGUCGUGCCUUCUAUAGUGGGUGGGACAGCGAGUUUCAACAGCAGCUGCAGCAACCACAGCAGAAACAACAUCAUCAUCGACAUUAUUCAUCUGGGCCACAAACGUUCUAUGAGCAGAACUAUGAGAAGACCAAUGAGAUCGUGUUUGGAGCAGUUCAGGAGCAAGAUGGGAGGCGCGAAUCAGUGGUAGCAAAGGCUGCAGAUAAUGGAGAUCCCAUUUACAAUUAUCACCAUAAUGGAGAUCCCAUUUACAAUAAUCAGAAUAUUCGCUAUCGAAUCAAUUCUAUGGGGUACUCCAAUGGCUAUUGAUCACAUACAUGAAAGAGGUGUUAAUGUUUUUGCCCUCAUUAAAGAGAUGAAAGAGAUGAAACCUUUCAUCUUUGAUCAUCGAGAUUUAGGUAUAAGUGUUACCAAGAUUGGUUGCUGAGAAAUGGAGCGCUAAGGAGUAGCCAGCUUGUGUGCUGAGGUCUACUCAGUGGCUUAAACUUUGUAAUAUCGUGUUUAGGAAAAUGGCACUCCCACAAAGCUGUUUAUGAAAUUUAAGGAAUGCUCUUUCCUCUA